AUGUAUUAUGUCGAUUUGUUCUAUCGACGCCGAAAAACGGAACCCAAAUUCAUUCAUGUCGUAAGAGCAUGUAUAAUGAUAUUACUAUUAGCUUUCCUUGUAGCCUAUAUUAGUUUUUUGAUUGAAGAAAUUAUUAAUAGUGUCCCAGCUAUACAGAUUUCAGUAGAGGAAAUUAAUGAAGUACCGUUUGCUGGAAUCGAUGAAAUCUGUAACGAUUUUUUAUCACAACCACAACAAUUGAGUGAUCCUCACCCUGGAUAUAUUGGAUAUUUUAUAAAUAAGAAUAAUUUAAAAUUUAUAAAGGAUCCAAAAGAUGACCAAAUUAUAAAAAUAAAGUUAUAUUCUAAUACAUCUAAUGAGUUGAUAAUGAUGUACAUUGUUGAUUCUGAAAAUAAUCCCUUAAAAUCUCAAGAUAAUCAAAUCUACACUCAAUCUUUUCAAUUUUAUGAUUUUAUGAAAGAAUUAUUCGCAAAUAAUAUGUACUUUAUUGCCAAUAAUCAGUUAACAUACUUAGGAUUGGCGAGAAAUCAAAAGAAAGAAUUUGAUCCAAAAUAUAGUGGGAUUCUUGGAGUCAAUCCAUCUUAUAAAACCCUACCUCAUAUUUUAUCCAAAAGUCAGAGCACGCCUCUUCCUAUUGAACCAAGUACUGAAUAUUAUAGUGAAAUUGAUUUAACCGUAACAAGUUUCCUAAUGCAAGUGGAGACUGAACAAAGAACACGAACUUUACUCAGUGUGCUUGGUCUUAUGGGUGGUGCUUGGGGUCUAGCUUCAGCAUUGUAUGCGAUUUUAUUUGGCGUAGAUUCGAUUCGUCCUUGGGGUUGUAUUCAGUCUUUUUAUUCUAAAACUAGGCAUAGAACAUAUAAUAAAUUUAAAAAAACAAUUCCAGUACUACCAUUAAUCAAUUCUCAUUCUUCAAUGAAGGAGUUCGAUUCUUCUUCUCCAGACGUUAAAAAAUUACAUGAUCGCUUAUUAUCUCUUGAAAUUUUUUUAAAGGAAUAUGUUGUAGAUGUAAAGUUUUUGGAAAAAUCAGAUCAAAUGGAACAAAAUAAAUGGAGUGAUGACACUACACUUAAUCUUAAUUAA